AUGGUGAAACGCUACUGCCGUUGCUGCAUAAUGAAGAGGCUGUGUUUGAACUUUGCCAUCACCAGUCUGUGGCUUCUUCUUUCAGCGGUCCAAGAAACAGCUGAGCCCUUAAACUUUCAGAGCCAACAAUGGAGGGAGGAAGAAAGAAGAAGAGGAGACACUGUGGAGGCUGCUUUGAAAGUUAAACACAUUUCCAAAGACUUACAGAUCAUCUCUACUAAACACAAAACACCUGCCUAUGGCUCCCUUGGCCCAUAUGGGUGGCCUCAGAACUUCUCCCAAGCCCUGGAUCAGUAUCUGUACCGCUCUUCUUCCAAAUCCAAACCUCCAGCUAAAACAUCCACAAAGGCCAAGAAGAUCCUCGGUUGGGGGGAUUUUUACUUCAAUGUGAAAACCAUGAAGUUCAGCCUCCUAGUGACAGGGAAAAUUGUUGAUCAUAUCAAUGGCACAUUCAGCGUCUAUUUCCGUCACAAUUCAACCCAUCUGGGGAACAUAUCGGUCAGCAUCGUCCCACCUUCCAAAGCUGUAGGAUGGGAGAUUUUGGAUUCGACAGUCCAGGGCAUUCACUCGGUCCAGGUUUCAGAUCCUACAUUCCAGUUCCGUAGCACAUCUCAGUCCACCAGCUCAACGCCUUUGGAGCAUCAGAGGCAGCAGCAAGAUGUGAUUAUGGUGACUGAACUUAACUGCCGGAUAGAUUACCAGAGAACUAAUCGGUCCAAGAAGACCAAGCCCUGUAUGUAUGAUCCCGGGCAAACCUGCUACUCAGAAAACACCCAGUCCCAAGCAGCCUGGAUCUGUGCCAAACCCUUCAAGGUUAUCUGCAUCUUCAUUGCUUUCACUGGCACUGAUUACAGACUGGUGCAGAAAGUCUGUCCAGACUACAACUUUCAGACCGAGCAGAAUCACCAGCAUUUUGGAUGA